AUGUCUCCUACUUUCGUUAGGAUCCAUCCCCCGGACGUCAUCGGCAAGUACGCCCCCGACUCCGUGAUCGGCGCCGUCGGCUCCGGCGUGGCGGCUGCCGCCAGCGCCGCUCCCAAGGCUGGUGGCGGCGGGCCCAUCAGGAAGGACACUGGCAGCAAGCUCGGCAACCAUGCGGCCUGGGGUCAUCUGGACGGAGCCCCCAACUGGCGUGUGGACCUCGAUGAGAACCCAGGUGUGCUCCUCAUCAACGUGAAGUCCUACUUCAAUGCCACCUGGUUCCUGCUGCUCUCGGUGCUGUAUGAAGUGUGCGCCACCAUCUUCUCUGCAAAGAACAUCAAGAUCUCCAACGACCGCUUGGGUCUGACCCGCAGUGCCAUCUUGCUGAUUCUCUUCAUUGUCAUCCAUGCGGUGGGUAACCUCCACGUCUUCAAAGGUCCGGAUGACUUCAACGGCUACGGCUACUUCUAUGUGCGCCUCUACUGGACGGGUUUUGGCCUGCCGGCCAACAUCGUGGAGGAGUACAUCCUCCUGUCGGUGCUGCUCCACGUCUUCGUGGGCCUGAAGCGAACAUGGGACAUGAAGCUCGCUUUGGUGCAGACCCAGGGCAUCAACGUCCUGAACCUGGCCAUCUCCGGCUUGAUGCUCCUGACCUUCAUGACCAUCCACCUCUUCCAGUUCCGCUUCGGCGACACCGACCAGUUCGGCCCGUACUACAUCCGACCGCCUCCGUACCUCAUCAACUUCUGGGGCAUCUCCUCCCUGAACCUCUUCUGGACCUCCGACGCCAGCGUGGAGAAGGUCGGCGUGCGCGACAUCUACGCCCUGGAGUUCCAGAUCUUCAAGAAUCCCCUCUGGUCCCUCUUCUACAUCUUCUCGGUGUUCAUCUUCAUGUACCAUGCCUGCAUCGGCUGGAAGAAGGUGACCCCGGUUCUUGGCAUUCCUCGGGGUCACAUCUGGCGGGUGGAGCUCAUCGGCUACGGCAUCAUGAUCGUCAUGGGCUUGGUCUACAUCUCCUUCCCGCUCUAUGUGAUGGCCACCAAGCCCUUUGCAGGCUACGAGACCACAAUCCAGAUCCCAGGACGGGAAGAGUGA